CGGGAUACCAGGGACUACCGUCGUCCAGGUCACCAACCUGUCCUCGGCUGUGAGCAGCGAGCAGAUGCGCACUCUGUUCGGUUUCCUGGGAGACAUCGAGGAGCUACGGCUAUACCCGCCCGACAAUGCCCCUCUGUCUUUCUCGUCCAAAGUGUGCUAUAUAAAGUACCGAGACCCCUCCAGUGUUGGUGUGGCCCAACAUCUCACCAAUACAGUUUUUAUUGACAGAGCUUUGAUAGUAGUACCAUGUGCGGAAGAUGACUAGACUGGCCCAGCUGUUACACUACACUAGCCUGAGUCAGGCAUUGUUUUCCAAGCCACUAUCCCCGAUCGGGCCAACGCAGCCUUCAAGGGGGAAUGUGACCAGGAGAAUAGCCUGCUGAACCUUCCAAGAUGGACACCUUGUCUCUUUUUAUUUAUUUAUUUUUUAUUUUGGUUUGUUUCCUUUCAUACUUUCCCAUGUUGUCCACUCUCUACUGUCUCUAUCUAGAAACUACAGUAUUGCUUAUCUCUAGCUUUGUGUUUAUAUUUGUUAUUUUGGUUUGUUUUGAUUAUUGUCCAACCCCCACCCCCCUCUCUCUUUCUGCUACAGCUGCAGCUUGUGUGUGAUUGAAUUCUGUCCAGGUUGCUACGGCAUACCGGUGGGAUGUGUAUCACACAUGGGAUGCUAAGAGGAUCACUAACACUUUACUCUGUUGUCAGCUACUCCUGUUAUAGUGAGGGGCUAGACAUUAUAAAAUGAUGCAGCCAUUGGGGUUAUCUUGUGUUGCACACCUUUCCAACACUGCGAAAACGAUCGCCCCACGGAAAAGCGCCCAUGCUUGAUAUCGUAUGGUUCAUGACCAAUAUGUUUCCAGUACAGGGAAAAUCCCAGAAGAGGCCAAAGCUUUGUCCCUUUUGGCACCUGCCACCCCAGCACCCAGUCUGAUUCCUGGAGGGGGACUGCUACCAAUUCCUACUCCAGCGCCACUUCAGAAUCUGAACCUUCCCACGGUGAAUCGGCUGUCGUCUGCUCUGGAUCCCACAGCAUCGUUGCUCUCCCAGCCCCCCCUCAUGGGAAACGUGGAUCCGUCAAAAGUCGAUGAGAUCAGGAGGACCGUUUAUGUCGGCAACUUGAACUCACAGACCACCACUGCAGACCAACUGUUGGAGUUCUUCAAGCAGGUGGGAGAUGUGAAGUUUGUGCGAAUGGCUGGCGAUGAGACUCAGCCGACACGCUUUGCCUUUGUAGAGUUUGUUGAGCAGGAUUCUGUCGUCAGAGCCCUGACCUUCAAUGGAAUCAUGUUCGGAGACCGACCCCUGAAGGUUAAUCAUUCCAAUAACGCCAUAGUAAAACCCCCAGAGAUGACGCCGCAGGCUGCUGCUAAGGAGCUAGAAAGUGUGAUGAAGAGGGUGAGAGAAGCCCAGAAUACCAUUGCUGCUGCCAUAGAACCAGCGGACAUAAAGAAGCUUUCUUCCAGUCGGUCUAUAAGGUCACGCCGGUCAGCCUCGCGGUCACGCUCCCACUCGAGAACGCGCAGGAAAAGGUCCCGUUCGAAACACAGCAGACCGGCGCCAAAGUUGUGUCCGAGGAAUGACUCCCACAAUUCCCGAAGCAGCCACAAGAGGCGUUCUCGCUCCAGAGACAAGAGACGCAGUCGUAGCCGCUCUAGGGCUCACAGGAGGAAGAGUAGGGAUCGGUCCUGGAGCCCACGUAGGAAAGUCAGAUCACCCUCACCAAAAAGAGGUAAGAAAGACAAGAGGAGGGAGCGCAGCAGAGAAAGAAAGGGCCGCUCAACAUCCAAGAAGAGGAGCCGCAAGGACGAGGACAGGCUAAAGAGCAGGGCCAAGCCAAUGAAGGUGCAAAGGGACUAUGACAGAGAAGAAAAGGAAGACUAUGUAAGUGACAGAGAAGGCUCCGUCACACUCAGCGAGGACAUGAUGUCCUCACCUUGCACCCAGCAUAACGGCAGCUACAAGACUCACAAUGAGUAUGCAUCAAUGGGUUCAGACCGCACCAAGUGAUUUUUUUUUUUCUUUUUUUUUCCUCAUCAAUAUAAAAAAACAAAAACGAAUCCCGCUGCAUCAGAUGGUCUCAGCGCCCAUCACGUGCAUAUAACAUUCACAACAGCGAGUUUUCCUCACAUCACCUGAUUUCUACAGCACAUUUUGGCAACACAUGAAUCUUGUUAUUCAGCUAAUUUUCAGUAUCCCACUUAAAGGGCAAGUGAGCACUCGGUACAACAGCCCCACCUUUCCUGUUACCAAGGAAGCCGAAGAUUUUGGGACUUGCAGAAGGUGCACGCUGUAAUGUAAAAUAACAGAACAACUCUAAAUACUACAGGCUCAGAAAAUACCAGAAAGUUGACUCGACACCUCAUCAAUAACUUCCUAAACACAAGGCUGUCAUAUUGUCAUAUCACAAUAUGAUAUUGUGUCCACCUCCUGUAUGUGGUAAUCACAUAAAUAACUUAAUACUUUUCUAUUCUUCCUGUAUAUGCGUUAACAGUAAUACAAUGUAUCUUACAUUAUGCUUAUCUCAUUUAUUAGAUGAGAUUGGAACUGCUUGAGAUUGGAAUGUUUUUCAAUGGUAGGGAGUUUUUAGAAAUAUUUUCCUUUUAUGGCUGGUGUGUGAGAAUCAGUUGAAAAGUGGGGUUCUCAAGUUAAUCAGUAACGUUAACACACUAUGGUCGCCACAUCUCCACAGCGCCGGAGUCAGGUCUGGCUACCCCGCUUAUCUAUUCAGCUAACCACUUUUAUCAGACUUUGCAGGUUUGCAUCAGUUGCAUUUGCUAAACAAUCAAAAAUAUGAUUCUAGUAUAAUCCAGGCCGUUGUCAUGUUAGGUUCUGUAUUUGCAAUUUACUGAUCACUGACAAGAAAAAACAAGGUUCGCACCAACUAAACCACACUUUUAUUAGGCCACCUGAAACGUUCAGACCAGUUCAUAUCUCCUUAUUGACACCUUUGCGAGGUAAUAUAUAAGCUGGCCUCUCUCUGACUGCAGUUUAAUGGGGUGUAACUAUUUUUCCUCUUUAUUCUGUUGCUCCGGCCUUGGUGUGGCCGUGACAGCAACUUCCCAUAUUCUGUUUGCUUGUUUACUGAGUGAGACAAAGACAUGAAUACACGUUUCUUCUAGGUGUAAGAACUUGAGGGCUAGAAUAAAAACAGUUUUUGUACAAAUAAAAAAAGUAAUUAAGAAAAGAAGCUAAUUUGCCCUUUGCGUGAUGUUAAAGGGAGAUUUAACCAGGUCUCUGAAGAGUUCCCCGUUGGGCACCAUUUUUUUCUCUGUUAUGGGAACUGGGACGACCUGCAAAAUGUACGCUGUUGAUUUUAAGACUUGAAGUGCUGUAAUUAUGUGACUGCACAGUGGUAUUAUUCGGUUUCUGUGUUGCUAAUGUAUUGAUUUUAAAAGAUACAUAGCUCAUUUGGUCAACAUUAAUACAUUGCUUUUGUUUUUUGUUGUAUGGGUGUACAUGUUCUUGCAUUUUUAUAUUUCUGAUUAGUCGCAACAAUGUAUCAUGCUCCUUUUCCGGUUAUUGUUGUAAUGCUAUGAGAUAAAAAAAAAAAUUAACUGUUUUAUAGAUGCAAAAUUAGCCUAUACUGUAAAAAAAGAAUUAUGCUGAUGUGGAAAAUGUCUGUCGGCUCAUGUUGCUCAAGAAAGUAAGAUGCAAACAAUGUGUUGUCCACAGUGGCAUAAUUAUAUGUCCCAGGUCAACUAACUGCUUGCAAGCACAAAAGGGUAAAAAAGUGCCUAGAUUAAGAUUGUACAGAGUAUUCUAAUAAAAUAUGGAGACUUAUUGACAGAUGCAACCCAAAUUUAUUGUUUAGGAUGUUAAAUAGCUAAAACUAAUGAAAUGUUCUAUUUAAGUAUUGUCAGCUGCCUUUAGUAAUGAAUAGUGGAUUUAACAUACAUGGGACUUUUGUCGUUUAUUAGUAGUAGUAUAUAAUUUGUUUUUCUGUCAUUUUUAGUGUUGCAGUUUCAGUUUGUUGUAUUGUGAGUGUGUCAAAUGUGUCUGCAAACCAGCCCCAGUUCGAGUUUAUUGUUUGUUUGUUUUUAAGUUUUUAGGAAAGCUUGUUUUAUUUUACUAUUGAGGAGAGUAAAUUUAAGGAGACUUAAAUUCCAUUUCUAUGGCUUUUACAAACCUAAUUUAAAAGUAUUUCUUUUGUUUUUCAGUUUUUUUUAUGUUCACAAUGCUUCAGUUUAAAGUGGUGAACUCAUGAUAAAGUUUAGUACAAAAGCAUUUCCAACACAACUGACAGUAUAUAAAGAAUUUUAUUUUUUAUAUCUAUGCAUCCACUAUAUACGGUAAAUGCUGUAGAAACAAUUCAUAGUUUGCUCCCGUGGGGUUGGGCACUCAAUAUCCGUGUUAGGGACUGGAUGUAAAGGUUUGGUAACACUGUUUCUGAAGAGCUUGGGUGUAUGUAUGUACGUUGUCCUUAGUUUGAAGAUACAUCUGAUCUGUUUCCAAAAACUACUCAAUAAAGACACUUCAUUUA